UGAGUGCCAGAUUACGGAACUAAAAAAUCAGCUACUACAAUGAAGAGAAGUAGAGAUACGAUCUAUGACAAAAUCUUAUUUUAGUUCAGAUAGUCCUGUCAAAUCCUUAUAAUGCGCUGGUCUUGUGAAUUUUUGGAUUUCGAAGAACAUUGACAAAUUAAGAAUUAUGCAUACCGACACGAAAGGAAGGACCAGAUAAUUCAGUAUGGGAAUGGGCAAUGUGAGAAACGUGGAUAAUUCAAACCCAGACAUCAACAGCAAACUCAAACUAGACGAUGGUCAUAGCCAAGUUGAAACACCGCAACGUGCUCCACUCAUUCAAAAUGAGCCUGAACCACAUUUUUUUAACAAUGAACAAGAUGAAAGUAUCACUACAAAUUCAGAAAAUGAAGUUUCUAUUGAGACUUCAUUACUACCUUCUGAUGUAACUCAAAAUUGUCUCAACUUGACCAAUUCGACUGAUUCCCUAAUUUCUUCACAGCAUGUCAAUUCUACAAUGUCGACAGUUUUUGUCAAUGAAGAUCUUUUAUUUGAAAUACUAAAAAGGGUUAAUAGAACAGAGCUCUUCAAAUGUCGUCUAGUUAGCUCUCACUGGGAGGAAGUCGCGAAAAGAAUCAUUAGAUUGUGGAGUCUAUCUAAAAUUCACCACAUAAAUGAAUUCACUUUGAAAGACUUCAGUACAUCAACAUAUUACUCCAUGAAAAAUCUGGGGAAAAACUUGCUUCGGGAUCCUCAACUCUCUUUGGCCGUGGAACGGUUUGAAUUUUCUGUAAGAUUGCCUCGGAAUGUUUCCUUGAGGCAAAAAUGGCAAAGCAGUGGAAUAUUCAACUUUGAGAAUCCCUCUCGAGAAGGUGCUGAUGCCAGCUCUAUUCCAGCAAACAUUUUGAUUCGGAAUGGAUUUGGCAGUGCAUCGCAGUUCAUAGCAAUAUCCACAUCAUCUGAAAAUACACUAAUCCAGUAUCAGGAUAUUGUCCUAGACAAAGCUGGUAUAUUUCACGAGUUGAUGGACAAAGUGAAGCCAACAAUUGUUGCAGAGGAAUGGGUUGGAACCAGGUAUGACUGUGGGAGUGUUUGCAGACUGACGUUGGAAUUGUUUAAUGAGUCCUCUGUAGAACCCAUUUGUAUAAAAUCGGUCAAAGUCCAACAGGGGAAUAAUGAUACCAAUGGUUCUUGGAGAAAGGUCACUAUUUCGUGUAAAAACUACCCCUGUGGCAUUAGAAGAAUAAGAUAUAUAAGAUCAGGACGAGACGAUAAGCACUGGAGUGGAUUUUAUGGUGCCAAGUUAGCAAUGCCGAAGCUGUCACUGAUGCUGUCAAGACUUAGCCGCAACAGUAAAGCUAAAAAUGAAUUGAACACUGCCCUCAUGCAUGACAAACGCGCUCAUAAUCAAGAUCAGUCCAAUGAGCCAGGUGAAAAGAAAACGAAAGUAAAAUAAUAUUUUCCACCAUAUUCUUUAGAUUUGAUCACACAAAUUUUCGAAUAUUGAGAAUAGCUUUAUUUUGUGCGAUAUGACUUUUUAUUUUGAAAAGUUUGAUAGAUUUUGAUAGCAGUUCUUUCAUAUAUCCUGGUGUUUAAUCUUUUGAUAUUUUAAAAAAAGUAUUGAUAGAAACUGAUACGCUCGUAAAAAAUAACUUUUGCAAAACUUGUAAUAUAAAAAAUGGGCAGCAAUAUAGGAAUGUAAUGUUUUUAUUUUUAAAUAUAAUAUUUUAAUGAAUAGGGCAGAAGCACACAAGGUUGUCAUGAUUUCUAAAUCACAAUCAGUGUUGAAAUUGGAUGAAUUUUCUUUCCCGGUGUUUAUUGAGCUAUUUAAUGUUCCACAUUUUUACAAAUUGUGUACAGAUAUUUACAAAUAAGGAGCAUAAACAGUAAACAAGAGCUUGCUAUGCACCGAGGAGGCUGCAUUUAAUUUCAACUGAAAAAUUAAAAAAUUACAUUGUAUUUUUGGAGUCCUAUUUUGUUAGUUGGGUUGCGACUAGCAUGCAAAAUUUGAUGCCCUUGAAAGGAAAAUGUCCUGAAUAAAUAUAUUUAAUGAAAAAUGAAAUUUUAGAUUUAUCGAUGAUGCACUGCACAAGAGCUGCCAUAUAUGAAGUAACUGUCGUGAACUAUCAAAAUUGUAAAUCAAUAGUACAAAUAUGCACAAAGUUAAAAAAAACCCUCAACCAAUUUCGCACUGAUACACAAUUUGUGUUCAACUUUAUAACUCUGUGCAAAUUCUCAAGAAUUAUUUAUUGGUGUUGUUAUGUUUUAUUAUUUUUAUGUUAAAUCCGUUAAUAAUUACACGCUAUUGUUAGAUGUUAUUUUGUGCAUCAGUUAAUAAAAAUAAUGCAGAUGAAA